UUGCACGUAGCGAAACGACGCAAAAAUGGUCAAGUACGCGCGUGAGCCGGAGAACGCGGACAAGACCGCUAAGGCCAAGGGGUCGGACUUGCGUGUGCACUUCAAGAACACCAGGGAAACCGCUUUUGCCCUUCGCAAGAUGUCGCUGAACAAGGCCAAGAAGUACCUUGAGGACGUGAUUGCGCACAAGCGCUGCAUCCCGUUCCGUCGGUACCAGGGCGCUGUUGGCCGCACUGCCCAGGCUAAGAAUGAGGGCAACCCCGGCGGCCAGGGUCGCUGGCCGGUCAAGUCGGCCGAGUUCAUCCUGAACCUCCUGAAGAACGCGGAGAGCAACGCUGAGGUCAACCGGGCUAUGCGGCAGCGCCGCCGGACCUACCGCGCUCACGGUCGUGUGAACCCAUACAUGAGCUCACCGUGCCACAUCGAGCUCAUGAUUUCGGAGAAGUCCUCCGGCGUCAAGGCCGAGAAGGACACCAAAGAGCGCAAGCUCACCAAGGUGGAGCUGGCGAAGCGUCUGCGCAGCGGCUCGGCGUCGGCUUAAGCGGAUGCAACCUGUAACGUGAAUAUGCUG